UUUGAACUGAAGGAAGAAAAUUUAUGAAACAUAUAAUUUCGGGAUUUAUCCUUUGUCCAGUAAAUGAUAAAAAAGUUUCUUUUUCUGAAACAGAUAUGUUUCAGUGUCCACUAUCAACAGAAGUAAUAAUAAAAAUACAAUUUUUUUUCAGAAUUAAAAUGACAGCAGAGAUAACUGGUGGCAAAGGGGAUACUGAUAAUAAUACUGAAAAUCAAAUAAAUGAUAAAAAUGACAAUACUUGUAAAAAGCGGGAAAGAAAGAUGGAUUUCUACAAAGAUGUUCUAGGAUCUCCAAAAUAUGUGGUGGCACCUAUGGUUGAUGCAAGUGAACUAGCCUGGAGAGAGUUAGGCCGACGAUACGGAGCUGAUCUAUGCUAUUCUCCAAUGUUCCAUUCAAAGGUGUUUGUUCAAGAUGCCAGGUACAGAAGAGAUUCUUUACAGACAUGUGCCGGAGACCGACCUCUGAUCAUUCAGUUCUGUGCAAACGAUCCUCAGCUUUUCUUAGAGGCCGCUAAACUAACUGUGGAGGCCAUUGAAUGCGAGGCGAUAGAUAUAAACUUGGGGUGUCCUCAGAUAAUAGCCAAGCGAGGCCAUUUUGGGUCAUACCUUCAAGACGACUGGGAGCUAAUUCACAAAAUAAUCUCCACAGCUAGUAGAGAACUAGAUAUACCUAUCACUGCAAAAUGUCGAGUGUUCCCCGAGAUAGAAAAGACUGUAGAGUAUGCCAGAAUGCUUGAAAAGGCUGGAGCACAGAUGAUAACAGUUCACGGCAGAACUAGAGACCAGAAGGGACCUUUGACCGGCCUAGCUAGCUGGACCCAUAUCAGGGCAGUAAAGGAAGCAGUAUCUGUCCCUGUACUUGCAAAUGGAAAUAUUCAGAAUAAAUCUGAUGCAGACCGUUGUAUCUUAGAAACUGGAGUGGAGGGUGUUAUGUCAGCUGAAGGUCACCUGACCAACCCUGCCUUGUUUGCUGGAUUGAAUCCCCCUGUCUGGGAGAUGUGCCUUGAAUACUUGGAUCUAGUGAAAGAAUACCCUUGUCCUACUUCUUAUGUCAGAGGACAUCUUUUCAAACUGUUAAAUCAUUGUUUCCAGGAUCCUGGAAAUCACGAUCUCAGGAAAACAUACAUAGAUACAUUAUACAUUCAAUAUUCAGGGGAGAAGCGUUAUGAAGAAGUUGAAGAGUUGAAAAUUUACAACCUGAAAUUUCCUCCUUGGAUUUGUCAACCAUACGUCAGGCCGCCUCCUGAGGUCUAUGUGGCGAAAAUGAAGCAGAUAAAGGAAUCAAAAGAACAAGAAGCUAAAAGAGGAAGACCCGAAGAUGAACAAGGCAGCAUCAAAGACUUGAUUACUGAGAAGAGAGAAGACGGAGAGGUUUCUAAAAGGAAGAAGAAGAAGAUGGAACGAAACCCUUAUAAACCUUUCUCAAAAGCUCGAGCUAACUGUUCCCUAUGUUCAACCUGUGGUAACCCAUCAGGCUUAAAGUGUUUGCAUCAGCUCUGCAGAACCUGUUGUAAGAAUAAAGCAUUCAAGGAGAACUUGGACUGCGCUGGACACAAGAUAUUUGUUAAAACCAAUCGAGAGAAGGCCAAGCUCAGACCAGGAUAUAAGGAGAAGGAAACUUUUAACAAAACAGAAACUUUAGAAAACAAAACAGAAACUAUGGAUACUUCAAAUGAUACUGGUAUAAAACCUGAAGCUGUAGCUAUUAGUACCAUGACGACUGCUGCUGGGUUUCUCGAGAUCAUAACUGACUCUGUUCAAUCAUCAAUUGUGGAACCUAAUAGAACUUCUGAAAGUAUUGGUUUGGAUUCAGAUAAAAAUACAUUGAUUAACAAUGAAGAAAAUAGUUGACUUUAAAUAUCUUUUUUACUUUUUUCCAAAUAAAUAUAUUUUUUCUUGUUAAAA